AUGUGCGUGUCUUACCAGCUGAAAGGAACCGCCGACUAUUGGUGGGAAGCAAAGCAGAAAACUAUGACCCCGGAGCAGUUAGAUGAACUCACUUGGGAGCUUUUUAAGACUGCUCUAUGUGAGAAGUUCAUACCCAGAAGCUAUAGGAAAAAGAAGGAGAUGGAGUUUACCACCUUAAAGCAAGGGAAUAAAACUGUAGUGGAGUACGAUCGACUAUUCUGCGAUCUGGCCCGAUAUGCACCGUAUAGAGUGGAUACGGAUGAGAAGAUGUCCGAGUUAUUUUGCGCCGGACUGCGACAAGAGAUAAGAGUUGUAUUGGCAAGUCAAACGGCACUUUCCUACGCCGAGGCCUUGAACAGAGCUCUAGAUAUGGAGCUAGCAAUGCAACCAGAGAAAACAACACACACACCAACGCCUCCAUCAGCUCAAUAUACGCAAGUAUCAAACACUCCCUACUCUAACCAAGGACAGAAAGGAAAACGCAAAUGGGAAAAUCGUGGAAAUGAGGGUAAAAAGCCAUGGCAAGGUCAGAAUGUCCAGGCUCCAUUCGUGAAAGGCGAUAAAUUAUUUUAUGGUGGACCAGCGACCUCACACCCCGGACACCAAGGGAUACCCCCUUGUCCUAAGUGCAACAAGUUACACACAGGAGUGUGCAGAGCUGGAAACCCAAAUUGUUUCACUUGUGGGAAACCAGGGCAUUACUCGAGCCAGUGCCCCAACCGACAGCAAGGGAUGAGUGGAGGAAGACCCAAUCAGUUUCCAACCCCACAACUCAGAGCAAUGGAGGGAAUUCUUCCUCUACCUCAACCACUACAGCAACAACCUUUUCGCCGUCCAAACCAGCCUCAUAAGCAGCUACCUGCACCGCAAGCAGGAAUACCACCGCAAUAUCAAAGGAUGUAUGCUAUCAAUAAGAAGAAUCAGGAUAAGAACCAAGGAAACUUAACAGGACCUCUUAAGCUUAAGGCUAAGACGUUGAGACUUCUGCGCAUGUGGACCACAGACAUCAUUUUGGGAAUGGACUGGUUAGCAGAACACCAUGCGGUGAUACAAUGCGAGCAGAGACGGAUAUCAUUCCAGCCACCUGGCCUGGAACCUACAUGUUUUUAUGCCAUCAAUAGGAAAUGGAAGAAGACACCUAUCAUCUCUGCAGUGCAAGCGAACCAGAUACUAAAAGAAAAGGGCGCGACAGCAUAUUUAGUAUACUUGAGCCAAGAAGAGGAAGCACAAAUAAAGAUUGAAGAUGUACCUAUAGUGCGGGAGUAUCAAGACGUUUUCCCUGAUAUUCUACCAAGUCUACCCCCGAACCGACAAUUGGAAUUCACAAUCGACUUGGAACCUGGAGCAGCACCAAUAUCCAAAGCACCAUAUAGGAUGAAAGACGGAAGUUUAAGAUUGUGUAUCGAUUACCGGGAAUUAAACAAGGUGACCCUAAAGAACAAGUAUCCUUUGCCACGUAUAGACGAUUUGUUUGAUCAACUUCGAGGAGCACGCGCUUUCUCAAAGAUAGAUUUAAGGACGGGAUAUCACCAAUUGAGAAUACGACCUGAGGAUAUUCCAAAGACAGCAUUCCGCACGAGAUACGGACACUAUGAGUUCAUAGUGAUGCCUUUUGGAUUAACAAAUGCCCCCGCCGUAUUCAUGGAUCUCAUGAAUCGAGUGUUUCACGAAUAUUUGGAUCAAUUCGUGUUGGUAUUCAUAGACGACAUCUUGAUUUACUCGAAGAAUGAGAAGGAUCAUGAAGAGCACCUUAGAACCGUGCUAGAGAAGCUAAGAGCUGAAAAGCUUUAUGCUAAGUAUAGCAAAUGUGAGUUUUGGCUACGAGAAGUCAAUUUCUUAGGCCACGUCAUUUCAGCUGCAGGAAUCAAAGUGGAUCCUGCCAAAGUUCAAGCAGUGCAAGAAUGGAGAUCACCAACGACACCUCACGAGAUUCGUAGCUUCCUAGGAUUAGCAGGCUACUACCGUCGUUUUAUACAAGAUUUCUCCAAAAUAGCCAAGCCUAUAACUCAUCUGCUCAAGAAAGAAGUCAAAUUCUUGUGGACAGACGAAUGCGAACAAAGCUUUCAAGAAUUGAAGAAGAGGUUGACCACCGCCCCAGUACUAGCCGUUCCAGAAGCAAACAAGGAAUAUACCAUAUAUACAGACGCAUCAAAGAAAGGACUAGGUUGUGUACUGAUGCAAGAGGGAAAGGUAAUAGCUUAUGCCUCGCGACAGCUUAGGCCACAUGAAGCAAAUUACCCGACACAUGACCUAGAGCUAGCAGCAGUAGUGCACGCAUUGAAAAUUUGGAGACACCACCUUUAUGGAGUAAGAUGUGAAAUUUACACCGACCAUAAGAGUCUCAAAUAUUUCUUUGAACAGAAGGAUCUGAAUAUGAGACAAAGAAGAUGGCUAGAAUUGGUCAAGGACUACGAUUGUGGAAUCAAUUAUCAUCCAGGCAAAGCCAACGUCGUGGCAGAUGCCUUGAGCAGAAUGGAACGAGCCAAGUUAGGAUGUAUCCUAACCAAGGAGAAUGACUUGGUUAGGGAAUUCGAAAGGUUAAGGUUGGAAGUGGUAUUUCCACCGCAAACCACAGAUUUGAUCAUGGCGACACUCAGUGUUACCCCCGAUCUAAGAUCAAGGAUUAAAUCCCAGAGUGGAAAUGGGACCACAUUGCCAUGGACUUUGUCACUGCCUUGCCAAAGUCGAAUAGAGGGAAUACCGCCGUUUGGGUGA